AUGAACAAGUGUGAUGAUCAAUUUGGGAAGCAAGAUGCAAAAGAACAAGAAAUAGAAUGUCUGGUUGUAGGAGAUGCAGUUGUUUCAAAACCCGGAGAGACUAAGAGUUUUGGGGAGGAAAAAAUUUCAACUUUUUCUAUGUUUGAAACAAAUGCUUCAGUUCCUAAAAUUGAAAAGACUGAGAAGCAAGAUGCAGAAGCACAAGCGAGCAAUGAUCUUAUUUUGCAGGAUGCUUUUUUGAAGCCCUGGUGGACAGACAUGGAUGGAAGAUUCUGCAUAGAUGGAAGAUUCUGGAUGCUCUUUUUUACUGAUAUAGAGGUUGAUGAAGAUGUCGAACAAGAAGAUAAACCUGGAGUUCGAAACCUUCAGCAUCUCUGUGUUCUACAAGAGGCAAAGCAAUCAAGAAUUGAGAAGAACUUGCAUCAGGUCCUAAGCUCACGUGAAAGAAAAAAAAAAAUAUAUAUAUAUAUAUAUAUAUAUCUGGCCAAUCACAAGCCAGAGGGGGUUGUGGGGGUCAUCCCUGGAGGGGGUCCGGAUCAUUUUUCUAUACCCAUAUGCUAUGUUUGGAUUUUUUUAAUUUUUAAUUUUUUAUUCUUAAAUUUAACUUUGUUGUUGUUAUUGUUGCAGUUAUGCUCCAUCACAUUGGCGACAGGGCUCUUCAUAUGUCUACGCAGCGCAACAAAGAUCACUCACAGAGCACAGAUUGUGUCGUGCCUUGCGGCCAAGUGGCAUGUCUGUGCCACAGUAGACUCUUUUGAUGACUUGGAUGAUGAGACUGAGACUCUAACAGCCCAGAUUUCUUCUUCACCACCUCUGAUAUGCCCUAUCAGUAAUGGCAAUUCAUCAUGUCAUCAUCAGCAAUCUGAUCAUGAAGAAGAAGAUGGAGAUGGAGAAGAAGAUGACCUUGACAACACCAAAAUGGUGCCCAUAUCUGCACAUACUAUCUCCUACCAGAAGAGGCAAGCUCUUGUGACAUACUUUGAGAACAACAGAGCUGGAAUAACAGUGUUUGGAUUUAUGCUGGAUAGGACAUGGCUCCACACCAUUUUUGUGAUUGAGUUGUCUCUCACCCUUUGGUUGCUUAACAAGACAAUUGGUAUUUCAUGAGCUCAAUCAAUGUAUGUUCAAACCUUUGAAAACCUUUUCAUUGUUGUAUAGUUCUCUGCUUUGGGCAAAAUAUAAUCAUUGAAACUGAAAAGAUAUAUUUGGUUCAAUAAGUAACCAUAGUUGAACCUAAGCAUGGCCCUUAUGGGAAUUGUAUAAUAAUAACCAUUUAACAUUAUGUGUGUUAUCACUUUAGUAAUAAGCAUAUACAAAGCAUACAAUGGGGCCAGUUUGGUGUAAUUUAAUGGAAUUAUUUUAUUUUAGUUUA